GCAACGACAGCAGAGGAGGCAGACCCCUGGCUGCAGGGGGACCCGUGGAGCGACGCGGCUGGGAACAACCAUGCCGGCUGGUGGAAUUCGUGGAGAGAAUGGUGGGGCUCAGCCAGCUGGUGGACCGGCUCGCAGGUGAAUGAGUAUGCAGACCACUGGUGGACCAGCUCACCGGCGAACGAGCGCGAGGUCUGGGUCACCAUCCAGAGGCCGCGGCAGCCGCCGCUCCCCCACGGGCUGAUGCGCGGAGCGGCCGGGAGCGAUCCCGCCACGGCGCAGGCCCCUCCGUCAGCACCUGCGCCGGCGACGCCGCCGGCACGGCCGCCCGCGGUGACGAUGGCCCCAGCGCAGCCGACCCAGCCACUCGCAGCAGCAGCGACGGAGCUGACGGUCGAGGCGACGCAGGUUCCGCCACCGCCACGACCGUGGGCACCCACUGACGGAGGAUCGACGUCCACGUGGCGCCCGUCAGACACACAGGGCCCUCAGCCGUGGGGAGGCUUCGAGCAUCUCGAGACCUACGUAGUGGCCCUGCGGCGAUGGAGCAGAAGGACGGGCCUGCCGGCAGAGCAGCAGGCGGGCAAGGUCAUCGACGGCUUGCCCGUGGACAUGCAGGAGAGGCUCCUGCACUACGCGGAGGAGCUCGACGCCCCCGGCGGCAUCGAGGUCCUCAUCGACUUCCUGAAGAGGUGCCGGGGCGACCAGGACGGCGACGAGGCCAAGGAGAGCUUCAGGCUGGCACUGGAAGACACCGAGAUGAGAGCGGGGGAGUCGUACACCCAGUACGUGAUGCGCCGGGACCUGCAGGUGAAGUCGGCGAAGAGGUACGGGCUCGAGCUCCCAGAGCAGGUCCAGGUGCAGCAGCUGAGGAGUGGAGCGAACCUGAGUGAACAGAAUGCGAUCAACCUGCUCUCGAUCACCCAGGGACGUGAGGAUCUGGAGUCGAUCAAGCAGGGCUUGAAGAAGAUGGACGUGAAAAAGAAGAGCAGCCAGAAAAAGUCGAGGGUGUACGCGGUCGGACACGACGAGGACGAGGAAGACGAGGAGGCGUUCGGCAGCAGCGAGGUCUACCUCGAGCUGGAGGAGGACCUCAUCCUGGACACCGAGGACGCGCUGGCCUUCUACGAGGCGAUCGCCAACCAGGAGUUGGACGAGGACCAGGCGGCGGCCGUCCUGGCCGCGGUGCUGGACGAGAAGAGAACCAAGGAGGGCCGGCCUCGGAAGUGGGCAGAGUCGCGAGAGCUGAAGAAGGCCAUUGCCCGGGACCGCGACUUCUUCGACUCCAAGAGAGCCGGAGGCCGGGCGGCGCCACGCCCGCCAGCGGGCAAGCAGCGCCUCAGCAUCGCCCACCUCAAGGAGAGGACGCGGUGCGCCAACUGCGGUCAGAAGGGGCACUGGCGCAAGGAGUGCACCAAUCCGUACAAGCCGAAGCAGAUCGAGCAGCGGCCCAAGAAGGAGCUCGGGGGGAAGUCGCUCUACGUGGCGGCGGACUUGCUGGACGAGGGCGACGGCACCUUCCUCGUCGGAGGGCCUCGGAUUCGGGAGCUGUUUCGGAACGUGCUGAUCGGCGAGUCCUGCGAUCGAGGCCAGGUGGGCCACGGACGAGUGCUAGCCGACCAGCCUCUGCGAGGCCAGGUGGGACUCGCGGGGGAACGAGGCGAUCCCGACGGCGGAGAACUGGGGCCAGGUGGGCCUCGUUCGAGGUCCGAGGGAGCAGCCCCCGAUGACAGAGAGCUGGGGCCAGGUGGGCCUCGUUCGAAGUCAGAGGAGGCGAUCCUCGGCACGUUCAUCCUGGACAUCGAGGGCGACGAGCCGGAGGGCAUGGUGGACACGGCGGCCGGGCAGGCGCUGGUGGGCGAGAAGCAGCUGAAGGUAUUGCAAGAGAAGUACUACAAGAAGGGCUGGCGAAUCCCGGUGAGAAAGACCGACGGCAACAGCAGCGCCAAGGGGAUCGGCGGCCGCUCCAGGGUCGUCGGGGAAGCGAUGGUGCCGGUGACCAGUGCGGGGAUCCGGUGCCUCAUCCUCUUCAGAGUGAUCGCGGAGGACGUCCCCCUCCUCCUGCCCGUGCGCUGGAUGGAGAGCCUGGGGGCCGUCGUGAACCUGGCCGAGGACAAGAUCACGCUGCGCUUCGAGGGGCUCGACCGCACCGUCAAGCUCACGAGGCAGAGGUCCGGCCAUCGCACCAUGGCGCUGCUGGACGAGAGCCUCCCGGGGGACUUCGACAUUCCUGAGGGGGCCCGGCGCGACUGGCCGGGCCUCGAGAAUGACACGUUUCGAGUGUACAGGAGAAGCUCCAGUCUGAAGCGAGAGGGGGGCUCGAGGAAGAAUUCAGCACCAGGGACUCCCCGGCCGACAGUCACCUUCUCGGAGCCGAUGGACACCAGCUGGGAGAGGCUGCCGGGGUCCGACCUGGAGUCCGAGGGGAGCGAACAGUCAUCCCCGCCGCUGCAGGACGGCGCGGCAUCGACCCGUCCCACACCUCCGUCGCCGCCCCAGCCGACGUCAAGGCCCCACAUCGGCCUCCAGACGAGCUCCCUGAGGAAGGCCUGGAAGCGGAUGACGGUCAAGCUGAUGCACGUGGCCGACGUGGGACAGGCGACCAAGAUGAUCCAGGAGAUGCGCGACGAGGCGACCGGGAAGAUGAACGCUCUGGAGUGCCCUCAUCCACCCUGGGCCCACUGGGAGUCAGGCAACCAGCACAUGCGCUACGUCAAGUGCCUGAGGUGCUCGAGCAUGAUCUGGAGAAGGGACCUCACGCACCGCGAGAAGCAGGCCCAGCAGCUCAAGAAGGUCGAGAGGGAGGCCCGGCGGGCGGCGAGGACCAAGCAGCUGGAGACGCCGCCUUGGGAGCCGCCGAAGGUCGAGGGUCGCAGCAAGGAGGGCGUCAAGAGGGCGGCCAGGGCUACUCCAGCGGCGUCGUCCGGUUCGGCCGACACGACGGUAGAGACGAGCAGCUCCGACCUCAACCAGAUGAUGAAGGCGAUCCAGACCAACAGCGAGGUGGUAUCGCAGCUGGCGCUGGCGAUCCAGCAGCUCGUGCAGAAGGGGACCUGA